AUGCACGGAGCUCCUCACCAUCAGCCUCCACACCUGGACUUUACGGCUGCGUUUGAACAGAACAACCCUCCUCCUCCCCAACACGUGAGCUCAGGCUGGAUGCCCCGCAGGGUUAAACGCGGCUCAGACCGGAUGUGGUCUGCUCCUGCAGCGGGAGCCUUGACGCUCUCUGAGGCCAAAAGCAGCAGAGCGCAGAGAAACAUGGCGACUUCGAACAAUCCGCGGAAAUUCAGCGAGAAGAUCGCGCUGCACACCCAGAAGCAGGCGGAGGAGACGGCCGCCUUCGAGGAGGUGAUGAAGGACCUCAGCAUCACGCGUCAGGCCCGGUUGCAGAAGGCCCAGUACCUGCAGCUGGGGCCAAACCGGGGGCCCUAUUACGGAGGUUCUCUGCCCAACGUCAACCAGCUCGGCAAGACUGCAGCAGACGUGCAAUUUCAGGCGGACAGCGGGCGAGGGGCGCGGCACCACGGCCUGGUGGACCGGGUCUACAGGGACCGGAACCGCAUGACGUCUCCUCAUCGCAAACCUCUAGAAAAACGAGGAGAUAAAUCUGGGUUGUGUUUUCUUGACCUGCCGCACAUCGACAGCUGUCCCUACGGCUCCGUCUACCUGUCUCCUCCGCCCGACACCAGCUGGAGGAGGGUGAACUCUGACUCCGCCCUCCACCAGAGCACGCUGCCUCCCACCCAGCAGAGCUUCACGGGGGGCUCUCAGGAGAUGCAGCCCAAGAGAGCUCGACCUCAGCUGACAGAGGACGUGACAGAGAACGUGACGGAGAACGUGACAGAGAACGUGACAGAGGACGUGACAGAGGACGUGACAGAGGACGUGACAGAGGACGUGACAGAGGACGUGACAGAGAACGUGACAGAGGACGUGACAGAGGACGUGACAGAGGACGUGACAGAGAACGUGACAGAGGACGUGACGGAGGACGUGACAGAGAACGUGACGGAGGACGUGACGGAGAACGUGACAGAGAACGUGACAGAGAACGUGACAGAGGACGUGACAGAGGACGUGACAGAGAACGUGACAGAGGACGUGACAGAGGACGUGACAGAGGACGUGACAGAGGACCUGACAGAGGAACGUGACAGAGGACGUGACAGAGGACGUGACAGAGGACGUGACAGAGGACAGGACGUGACGGAGAACGUGACAGAGAACGUGACGGAGAACGUGACGGAGAACGUGACGGAGAACGUGACGGAGGACGUGACAGAGAACGUGACAGAGGACGUGACAGAGAACGUGACAGAGAACGUGACAGAGAACGUGACAGAGGACGUGACAGAGAACGUGACAGAGAGCCCCUCUGUGCUCGUGCAUCAGAGCUACCCACUGCUGCUGCUGAACGUUCCAGACGGAUUCAAACAGGAAUCUGAAGAAGACUCACAGAACUGGGAUUGCAAAAAGAAUUUUUCAAGGUCUAAAGUUCCUGGAAUACACAUAUUCCCGUCUCCGGAGCAGCAGUUGACCCACUCCCUCAAACCCGCGGCCCACAACACGGGGGGUUCUCUGCCGGACCUGACUAACCUGCAGUUCCCGCCUCCUCUGCCCACUCCGCUGGACUCUGAGGAGACCGGCUCCUACGGCAGCUUACACUCUCUCAGCACACACCAAGGAGUGAACGCCUCUCAGCCCGCCGCGGUCGCCAUGGAAACGCAGAGGCAGCCGGACAUGCUCCCUCUGAUGCUGAGCGCUGCAGAGACGCAGCAGCAGCUGUCCCCCACGUCGCCCCCUCUCUCCCUGUCCCAGGCUGCGAUCAACGCUAUGAACCUGGAGCAGCAGUUGUCGCAGUAUGCCUUCUUCAGCCAACUUUACUCUGCCCCGACGCUGCAGAACCAACAGACAGGUUUGGUCCAGAUGUCAUCCUUGACCUCCCCCACAGAGAACCAGAGCUCUCACCAGAACAACAUGACCAUCGACAUGAACAUGUGUCAGGCCUCGUCCCAGUACCGCAACAGAAUGGGGUCCUCAGCCAAUCAGUCGCCCACGUCCCCCGUCUCCAACCAAGGCUUUUCUCCCGGAGGAUCGCCCCAACAUAACUCCAUCCUGGGCAGUGUGUUUGCAGACUUCGAGCAGCAGCUGGCCUCCACUCAGACCAGCGCUCUCUCACAACAGCUGGAGCAGUUUAACAUGUUUGAGACGCCCGUCAGCGCAGACAGCCUGUCCUUCUCCCAGACCUCCACCUUCAACUACUCCCACCUGCCGCACCUCCAGGACCAAGGGCUGGGCUUCGGUAACCACGGCAACAUCCCCAACAUCAUCCUCACAGUGAGUGGCGAGUCCCCCCCCAGCCUGAUCAAAGAGCUGGGCUGCCUCUCCGCGGACCUGGACCUGGACUCUCCGUUCCCGCUGGACGACCUGAAGAUAGACCCUCUGACUCUGGACGGUCUGCACAUGCUCAACGACCCCAACAUGGUCCUGACCGACGCCGCCACAGAGGACGCCUUCAGGCUGGACCGGCUGUGA